UUACCCAUAAUGCCACAGAUGCGCAGUAAGCGAUUUGGUCAUUUCCGGUGAGGAAGUUGUCGGUUCAAAACAAAUGUUAGCUCGUAGUUGAAAUACUCUGCAACUGUCAAUGAGUCUGUCGGUAUUUAAAUUACAAAAGCGUAGUGUUCUUUAAUCACUGACAUCUGCAUCCAUGGAAACCCCUGAACCUGGCCCUGCAGAUGGAGAGGAACGUCUGGUGGAGCUGCGACCACGGACACGCUCCAACCCUGAAGGCGCUGAGGACCGUCGCAACAGCACAGGCAGCCUCGGAGGCAACAGCAACCCAAACAUAACGCAGCCUGCUGUGGGCAGUCGUGUUGAGGGCGAGGGAGAGGCUUCAACCAGCGACAGCCCUCCAACGUCUACCACUCUGACUGUCUCAACAGCUGCAGCCCAGACUGUAGCUCCGGCUGCAGGGGCAACAGUGGCUGCAGCCAGUACUACAGUGCUUCUAUCCACAGCAUCUGUGGCUGCCAAGGAGAGGCCAAAGCCCACACAGCCGCAGUCUUUGUCCACACUUCCAACCACUGUCCCUCCACCACCAGAGUACCAGCUCCGAGUCCCCCGGGUCAACUGCCCAGAGAAAGUGAUCAUCUGCCUAGAUCUUUCUGAAGAGAUGUCUUUGCCGAAGUUGGAGUCUUUUAAUGGGUCUAAAACCAACGCUCUAAACAUAUCCCAGAAGAUGAUUGAGAUGUUCGUCAGAACAAAACACAAGAUUGAUAAGCGUCAUGAAUUUGCACUGGUUGUAGUCAAUGAUGAUGCACUGUGGCUGUCAGGCUUCACAUCUGACCCCAGAGAGCUGUGCAGCUGUCUGUACGAUCUAGAGACCAACGUUUGCGAGUCGUUCAACCUGGAAGAUCUUCUUAAUGUAAUUCGUCAGAAGAUAGAACUCCCGAUGAUGGAAAAUGUUCAGACAGUCCCACCUCCGUAUGUAGUGCGAACUGUCCUCAUUUACAGUCGCCAUGCAGGGCAGCUACAGUUCAACCCUUCUGAAGCUGUUAAUAAGAUGCUGCAAUCUCCAUAUUUUUUCUUUGAUGUGGUCUAUCUGCACAAUGGGGUGGAGGAACAGGGAGAUGAAACAAGCUGGAGAGAAAACUUUACUUCUUUCUGCAACCUGGACUCAAAGGGCAUGUGCUAUCGCUUUGAGGUUUCCCUGAGUGGACCUGCUAUCGAGCUGCACAAUUGCAUGGCCAAACUUCUGGCUCACCCUUUACAGAGACCUUUCCAGAGUCAUGCCUCUUACAGCUUGCUGGAGGGGGAAGACCCUCAGGACAUUGAGGCAACAGUUUAAAAUCUAUCUCACUCAAAAAUCUCUGCUUCAUUGUGAAAUCCUUACACUGUAGUGUUGUGUAAAAAGUGGAAUAGAGUUCAUUCUGUUUCCCUUUGUAGAGCAAUGGUUCUUGAGAAUCCAAAGCCAAAUGUAGUUGCUCUGAAGAGAAUGGUUUCAGCAGGACAUUGUUUUAGUUAUAAUAGGAAAUAAUAUCUGUGCUAUCCUGUUACACCUUUACUGGAUGACAUCAGGAGACUUUGAAGUUAAAUCUGGCAUGUGGUAUCACAGAUCUAAGCCGCUGUAUCGUUGCCUUUUUGCUUAGUUGGCAAGUUCCACAUUUAAUGUAUUUUAUGAGGGUUGUUUUAAUCAUUUGCUCAUUUGUCACUGUUAUAUGAUAUUAAAACAGUGAAGGGAUCCUUUAUGAUCAUGUUAUAACGCUGAUGAUUUGACUGUGAAAAGGGUUCCUAAACUCCCUGACUAGUCUGUCCUGUCUCUGUCUACAGUUGGUUUAGUGUAUAAGAGAUUUAAAAGAAUGUGUGGCAUUCACCAAUCUUCUCAUGAUUGCAAUGUUCUCCUUAGUAAUAAUACAUAGUUAUACAUUCAGAGGUUUAAUCAAGCUUAGUUUGGGGUGUAGAACUAAUGCAUUUGAUUUGGUGUCAUCAUUACGGCUGCCAUUUGGUAUUUAGUAUUUCUUUUUUGGCCUGUUGCAUUACAGUUGUUUUUAAAUUUCUGUAAAUAAGAAUCUCCUCUCACUCCUGUCUUUGUGCAGAGUGUCACCUUCUAUAACACUGUCACAUCAAGUAUAGGAGAAUUGAUUAUUCUGUAAAAUCUUGAUUGUAUACUUGGUGCCAAACAUAUUAGUCACGGACCAUGUUUGCUUUAGAAACAUAACGUCUGUCCUGAGCAUUCCUUUAUCUUUCUCUCUCGUACAGCGCUGCUUUGAUGACCCACUACUGACAAACAUAGCAUUGUUAGGGCACAACAGGUUUGAGCAGGCAGUCUUAGGUGAAGCUAAAAUAGAUUAGUACAGAGGUAUGAAAAUGUUCUAGCAUGAAGCCUAUUGUAAAAAAAUAUCUUUGAGUCUAUUUCUGUAUAUUAAAAACAUAUUUAAUUGAA